AUGGCCGAUGGGUAUAGAUAUUUGCAGCAAGGCGCUGGAAAUUACUUUUACCAGCAACACCAACAGAACCAUCACACCAGACAGCAAAUCAUCCGAAACAGCACCCCUCCAAAUACUCUUCGAUCUGCAUUCACUAUCGACACACCAUCGCCUUCGCGAUCUCCUGACUCCUCUUCGCCAGCACAAGCUCAGUACGGCAUGUUUAACCAGGGCCACCAACAGCCAGGGCAGCAUGGCCGCGUCAAUGGAGGCCCAGGGAGAGGGCUACCGAUGAUGUACAAUUAUAACCAAAAUGCUCAUCAGCAACCACACCCUCAGCAUCACGCGAAUCUUCAGCAGGACCAUGCUACGCAUUCAACUAACGGCUCCGUCUUGAGCCAUCAUACCAAUUACUCAUCGGGAGUGCUUUCGAACGCAACUCCAAGCUUCACUCCCAACAGCCUGCAAAACGGACAUACGGCAACAACACGAGGUGGGCAAGCACAGAUUAUCAGUGAACACUGGGCAGAACAAAUGAGAUUACACAAGGAGUCAGAAACUGCCAAUCAGCAGAUGGUGGAUCAUAAUGCCCCGAACCAUUUUGCAAGGCAGAGAGCUGGGGAGAAUCGAGGUUUGGCAGCAGCAUCGAGCGUAGAUGCUGUUGUGGCUCAAGAUGAAGACAAUGAUGAGAGGGGGCGGCCAUACAGACAGGAGAGUGUCAAACGUCAGGAUUGGCAUAAUAUGGAUCUGAGUGGGCAAGGCCUCAAAGUGCUUGCCAAUCCCCUCUUCAAUUAUGUCUUUCUCAACGAGCUCUAUGUGGCCUCCAACAAGAUCACCCACCUCCCAGCCUCCAUUGGACAAUUACGGCAUUUGAAACACCUGGAUGCCUCUUACAACCUUCUGACCGAACUACCUCAGGAGCUCAGCAUGUGCGUCUAUCUGAAGAAUCUGCUGGUCUUCAAUAACCGAAUCGAACGAAUCCCAGAAGAAUUAGGGUCCUUAUAUCAAUUGGAGGUAUUGGGGAUUGAAGGAAACCCUCACCUAGCCCCAGAAUACAAGCAGGUGAUCAGCGAGAAAGGCACAAAGGAGCUUAUCAAGGAUCUCCGAGAAGGAGCUCAAGGCAAGUUAUAAUUGAUGUGUCAUGUCAGGAGUCAACUAAUUCUUUCCAGUUCCUCUGCCUCCCCAAGAACGAAAAUGGAUCGCCCUCCAAGACGGUGUGCCAAAUAAUAACCAGGAGAAGAUCAAGGUGGCGUCAUACAACAUUCUUUGCGAUCGAGCUUGUACCACCCAAUUAUACGGAUUCACUCCGUCGGCUGCUCUUGAGUGGGAAUAUCGAAGGGAGCAAGUUUUGAAGGAGAUUCAGGAUUUGGAUGCUGAUGUCAUCUGUCUUCAGGAGGUUGAUACUGAUACACAAUAUGAAUUUCUGAGCCCAAAGCUUGCCUACAACGAUUACAAGGGGAUUCAUUGGGCAAAAUCACGCUCGAAAACUAUGAAGGAAGCAGACGCCAAACGCGUGGAUGGCUGUGCAAUCUUCUACAAGGGCAGCAAAUACAUUCUUCUGGAGAAGCAAUUGAUUGACAUGGCAAACAUUGCUAUCAAUCGACCAGAUAUGAAGCUACAGACAGACAUCUUCAAUCGUGUUAUGCCUCGAGACAAUAUCGCCGUUGUAGCCUUCCUAGAGAAUCGAAUGACCGGAUCCAGAAUUAUGAUUGUCAAUACUCAUCUGCACUGGGACCCUGUGUAUGCUGACGUCAAAUUAAUCCAGAUGGCCAUUCUAGUAGAGAACGUGACCAAACUUGCCGAAAAGUACUCGAAGAAGCCACCAAGUAACGAAAAGGAGAAGAGAGCUGGGUUGGUGGACGAAAAUGGUCGCCCAGAGACAGAGGUUGCAGACUUUGCUCCCUCGCAGGAAUAUUCGAGUAACACCCAGAUCCCUCUACUAAUUUGUGGUGAUCUCAACUCUACGAGCGAUUCGAGUGUGUACGAAUUGUUGUCCAAGGGAAGCGUCAAGGCAUCACACCGAGAGCUCAAAGAACACCAAUACGGUAAUUUCAGCAAGCAUGGCAUUGAACAUCCGUUCCAACUACGUUCUGCUUACUCGUCCAUCGAAAAGACUCCAGAUCGGUUAACGUUCACCAAUUACACGCCCAGUUUUGCCGAUGUUAUCGAUCAUGUCUGGUAUUCUACAAACACUAUUGAACUCACUUCGUUACUCGGCAGCGUGGACCCCGAGUACAUGAAGACGGUGCCCGGGUUUCCCAACCAUCACUUUCCAAGUGACCAUCUUUUAAUCGCAGGAGAAUUCACGAUCAAGGGGAGAAAGGAGAAGAAGGUGCAUGUGGAACCAGAUUUUGGACCUUCCAGUCGUCGGAGGGAUUAA